CAAGUACGAACAACACCAAGAAACCUAUUCGGAGAUCCAUGACUCGUCAUGCUAACCGUAAGCUGGCGGCAUCGAAGAUGCGAUCAAGCACUCCGAUGUGUUCCGUCGCUACCAUCAAGCAAUCCGCAGGCUCAUCUUUGAGCCUCAAACGCCAGCACUUCAAGCAAGAACAUCUCAAACGGCAGCGGAGGCGACUCGCUUUCGAAGUCCAAAAGGCAAAGCGUGAACGUUGGGCUCAAGCUGCUCGCGAAACACAACGAAUUGUUCUUGGGGAUGGCAAGUACGUCGAAGAGAAACUUCCUUCUACUCCUGUCUCAUGUAUCAUACCCCCUACCCAUGUCUCUUAUCCUGAUAACGCCUCCCCACAAGUAAACCCUUCUCAUUCUCAAGGACAACACGCCAUGACAGCAACGCAUGUCACACACGACAUAUCAUUACAAAUCAUCUUGAGCAAGCAGGGAACAACGUUCUUCCCUCAUUGUUUGGCUGACUGGUGCAAGCCUCCCGCAGGCGCUCCUGCCCGAACCAAGUCAACUAUAUUUACGUUUGUUGCUGGCUCUACGCUCACGGCUGCUCGGCAACUUCACGGGCGGCGACCGGAUCUUACUCGUAGUUCGCCGUAUUCGCCCUCUACUACGUCAAUCGGAGUUCUUUCCUUUGCUUCACCCAAACGUCCUGGCGGAGGCUAUAUAAACGGCGGUAAUGAGCAAGAAGAGGUCCUAGCUAGGUCUUCAUCGCUUGUAGCUAGUCUUCAGGCCGACCAAGCCAAGGAGUUUUACACCACCCACAAGAAAUUUAUUAGCGUCGACGGGGCUGGUCUCAAUGAUCACUCUAUGAUAUACAGCCCAGGUGUCGUCGCCUUUCGUCAAGAUGAUAGCGAUAACGCAUCUCCGCUCACGACUGUGUCGUCAAAUGACUUCAUACCCCCUUAUCUUAUUAAUGUUCUCUCAGCUGUGCCUGUUAACGCAGCUGCAAUACGUCAGAACUACAUCAUCACACCAUCAGACGCUCAUAUCUUUUUGGACGGUAUACGCGACAAGAUGCGGGACCGCAUGGCGAGGGCACUUCGCAUCUUUGAGGCACGCGGUGACCAAGCUAUCGUCCUUGGUGCAUUCGGAUGCGGUUCUAGCGAGAACAAAGUUGAAAUGGUCGCGGAGAUCUGGGCAGACCUCCUUGUAUACGGGGAAAGCGAAGAGAAUCGUGAAGAUGGGAAGACAACUAUCCCGCACGCGGCGUUCAAAAACUCAUUCGAAGAAGUUGUGUUUGCUGUUCCCGGUAAAUUAUUUGAACCGUUCAAAAAGGCAUUUGAUAUGAGAGUUUUCGAAGCUGAGGUGUCUCGGGCAGCUACCUAGUAUAUUAUUUUUCUCAUUAAUAUCGUGCUCUGUGAGCUUGACAUCAAUACUGUACUAAUCUUUCUUACCUGUAUCGUUCCAUAUCCUCUUCCUUCUGUGCAUUGUCUGCGUGUAUCAGUAGUACUCUUACAUAUAUGCCCUCAUGCCAGCGCGUGCUGUGGGGCCGAGUAGCAGUUGAGUAGCGAACGUAAUUUAAUUCUAGAAUGCUCAAAUUGAAUGCUUGUCGUCUCAUCAU